AUGACCGACAUGCAAAAGAUCCAAGACUGGAGUACUGCGACAAACAUUCUCAAUCGUAUUGCCGCGACUCUUGGACUACCUAUUGUGUCUGUAUUGAUGGCCCAAGCCGUUGUGGUGUACUCCCAGCAGCGAAAGAAAGGACAGGAAAAUAAACUCAACGUGCUCCAGCUCUUUGCUCUAUCUGACAGAGGAAGGAUGGAUCUACCAAUUUUGUGGACCUCCUGCUUUGGAGCACGAUCUCGUUCGUCUAGAUUUCUCUGGCUAGCAGCAGGUCUCGUACUCGUCACAAUUACACAGCCGCCACUGCAAUCACUUCUUGUUCCCUACGAUCCUCUGACUGUUAUUACCUGUAACGAUAACCCCGUCGAAAUCACCAACCGAGAUAAAACAUGUAACGGAACGGGUGCAGAAUCCCGUGUUGUCGGCAUCGACCCCGAGCCAAACGUCAUGGAGAUGAUACCUCGGCCGAUGCCGUUCUUCGCCAUCUUCAACCAUACGGGAUUUGCCACUUCCGGUAUCAAGGCAACUGUAUGCGUUGAGGGUAAUCAUAGCGAUGUACCAUGGACCAGGAGUCGAGACCGGCAGGACAUCCACGAGACUAUGUGGCUCAGGCUCGAGGUAGCUCAGCAGCCGGAUGGCAGUAGAGAAGACGGACAAGCCCUUCUCGAAGAUGUUACCGCCUUUAAUCUAUCAUGUCGUGCUUCUUCGACUAGGGGAUAUUUCGAGCUGGGAAAUCACUGGAAUAACCAGGUCUUCGGACCGCUAUUGGACAAAUGGCCGACCCGAGAUGAUAUCCGCAAGAACUUCAACGACUACGGAUCCUUCGUGGGCAAGUAUAAACAUCCCGACCGCCGACCCGUCACCGUUCCUCCAAACCUCUUGGGUGACUUUGGGAUGGGUACAACUGGACCUCUUACUCUUGUGGCGAUCUCCCUUUUCGGUAAUGGAUCGUUCUUCCACCUUGCCAGCAAACGGCCACAGAAGGACAUGAACUACACCAUGCGCGACAUUUGCGAGUCAGAGAACUACCCGUUCCAACGAAUCGUCCUCGAUCAUCUCCACUACACCAAAUUAUGUGCCGGGGGACUUAGUGUUCAGGAGAAGAAGCAGACGACAUCGACGGAUGCCUCGUUGGAAAGUGAUGCUCCGAAUGUUCAAGAUGCUGAAGAAGCCUCUUCUACCCCCCAAGACGAUGAGUCACAACCAGACAACAGUCUUAUACUUAGUCUUGGGGGAGAUUAUCCGAUGAGCUCAGCGUACACUGCUGCCGAUUGGUUUGGUCAGCGUCGUAGAAAGGGUCAAGGUGGCAUUGGAUAA